AGUUGCUCCGGCCACCCCUUCAUUCUCCGACCAUACCUCUAUCACACACAUAGACAUGGCUCCGAAGAAGAAGCAGCAACAGCAGAAGCAGAAACAGAAGUCAGCUUCUUCAUCUUCUUCGACCAAAAGUAAACCUCAAACUUCUACCGGUCCCAAACUCCAGAUAUCGGCGGAGAACGAGAAUCGGCUCCGACGGCUUUUACUUAACUCUAAUCGUUCGACGGCGGCUCCGGUUCAUGAAGAUUCUAAUCUUACCAAGGCACAAAAGGCAAAGAAACUACAUUCCGUUUACGAGAAGCUCUCUUGUGAAGGCUUCACUGAUGAUCACAUCGAACGUGCUCUCUCUCAUCUCAAGGAAAGUGCUACUUUUGAGGCUGCUUUGGACUGGCUAUGCUUGAUUUUGCCGCCAAAUGAUCUGCCAUUGAAGUUUCGCAGUAGCAGUGCACUUCUUCCAGAUGACGGUGGCUCUGUCGGCAUCAUAUCAACUGCACGAGAUGAUUGGACCCCUUUGGCUAACUCAUCAGUUGCUAUGGAAAAUGAAAUGCCAGAAAUAUCAAUCAAGAGUAAGGGGCAACGGAAAGUUGAUACAUUGGAUUCUUUUCAGCAGUCUCAAGCAGAUUGGAUCCGUCAGUAUAUGGAGCAACAAGAAGAGGAUGAAUCUGAAUCUUGGGAAGAUGACGUGAUGGACAAGGUCUCAGAGCCAAGAAGCUAUGAUUCUAUUCGCGAGGAAUAUCACAGUGCUCGGUUACAAGCUAUAAAUGCCAAAGAAAGAGGGGAUAAGAAAGGCCAGGAACAAUCUGGUCAAAUAAUUCGUAAACUUAAGCAAGAGAUGGCUGCCCUAGGUAUAUCGGUUGAUACCCUGGCUGCAGAGUUUGAGAGUCGCCAUCAUGUCAUUGCGGAAUCUCCUUGCCAGUCCUUGCCUUGCAAAAACCUUGAUGCUGUCACAAGUGAUGAAGAUAUGAAUUCUUCUGUCAAGCAAAUGGACUCAAAAGAUAAUGGAACUGUUAUAGAGAGUUCACAAGAUGUCUCGACCCUGGGUAUCUCUUUAAGUGUUCCCAGCCAUGAUGGAACUGUUGUGGAUGAGGACUCCGAAGAUAUUGAGCUUGGUGAUAUGUUCCUAGAAGAUUCGUCGUCUGGUCAAGUUUUGCAUCCCGAGAUUGUGGAGCUGCAAAAGAAGGAGAAGAUGAAAGAGUUAACUAGUGAAAAAAAUUUGGAGAAGUUAGAGGGAACCUGGAAGAAGGGGGAUCCACUAAAGAUUCCUAAGGCCAUUCUUCACCAACUUUGUCAAAGAUCUGGAUGGGAGGCCCCAAAAUAUAAUAAGGUGCAAGGCACAGGAGAUAGAUGUAGUUAUACCAUCAGUGUGAUACGUAAAGCUAGUGGGAGGGGUAAAAGCAGAAAAGGUGGAGGACUGACUACUCUUCAACUACCUACUCCCGGAGAAACGUUUGAAACUGCUGAGGAUGCACAAAACAGAGUUGCUGCAUUUGCCUUGUAUCAGCUUUUCCCUGACCUGCCUGUUCACUUGAUGAUGACAGAUCCAUAUGCUAAACUUGUUCUACAAUGGUUGGAAGGGGACCUAACAGGAGAUGUGAAAAGCACUGAAGUAGACAGACGGGGUGGUUUUGUGGAUUCUCUUCUUAAUGCUGAUGCAUCUGAUGCUGUUGUUUCUGUGGAUCUCUUGGAUACUUCUGCGCAAAAUGAUUCUCAAAUAUCUCAUGCCCAAGAGGAUAAACGUUCAAGAGCUGUUGGUAUUGAUACGAAUUCUGAAAGUGAUGAUCAUCAUAAACAGGUGGAGGGUUCUUAUCUCAAAAAGCAACAAGAGAAUAAAAGGAAAAUGAAAAAAUAUGAGGACAUGUUAAAAUCUAGAUCUGCACUCCCUAUUGCUGAGCUGAAAGGCGACAUAUUGCAUUUAUUAAAAGAGAAUGAUGUGCUUGUUAUCUGUGGAGAAACAGGUUGUGGAAAAACUACUCAGGUGCCUCAAUUUAUCUUGGAUGACAUGAUUGAAGAGGAGCAUGGUGGGCUUUGUAACAUUGUGUGCACACAACCAAGGAGGAUAGCGGCCAUUUCUGUUGCUGAAAGAGUUGCUGAUGAGCGUUGUGAAUCUUCACCAGGUUCUAAAGAUUCUUUGGUUGGGUAUCAAGUACGUCUUGAUAGUGCAAGAAAUGAGAGAACAAAGCUUCUGUUCUGUACAACUGGCAUUCUGUUGAGGAUGAUUGUGGGAAACAAAAGCUUUGCUGAUAUAACUCAUGUUAUUGUUGAUGAAGUGCAUGAACGUUCUCUCUUGGGUGAUUUUCUACUAAUUAUUUUGAAGAAUUAUAUCGAGAAGCAAGCUGCCCAAAGCACACAAAAGCUGAAAGUUAUCCUUAUGUCUGCAACAGUUGAUUCACAACUAUUCUCACAUUACUUUGGUGACUGCCCCGUUAUUCAUGCACAAGGACGAACACAUCCUGUGGUGUCUCACUUUCUUGAGGAUAUUCAUGAAAAUAUUGAUUACCGGCUUGCUUCAGAUUCCCCAGCUUCUUUGAGAUCUGAUACACCAAAACAAAAGGGUGCUGCUGUUGACAACCACAGGGGAAAGAAAAAUCUUGUCUUAUCUGCAUGGGGUGACGAAUCUGUUUUAUCAAAAGGCUAUACAAACCCUUAUUAUGUUCCAGAAAACUAUCAAGCAUACAGUGAACAAACGCAGCAAAAUUUGAAAAAGUUGAAUGAAGAUGUUAUUGAUUAUGAUCUUCUUGAGGACCUGAUUUGUCACAUUGAUGAAACUUACCCAGGGGGGGCAAUAUUGGUCUUUCUACCAGGAGUUUCUGAAAUUCACACAUUGCUGGACAAGUUAGCUGCUUCAUACCAAUUCCGUGGACAAGCAUCUGAAUGGCUUUUACCAUUACAUUCAUCUAUUGCGUCUUCUGAUCAAAAAAAGGUGUUUUUAAGACCUCCUGAUGAUAUCCGUAAGGUAAUAAUAGCCACAAAUAUUGCAGAGACUAGUAUUACAAUAGACGAUGUAGUCUAUGUCAUUGACUGUGGCAAACACAAGGAGAAUCGCUACAAUCCACGGAAGAAACUGUCAAGCAUGGUUGAAGAUUGGAUAUCCCGAGCUAAUGCAAGGCAGCGAAGGGGAAGAGCUGGACGUGUGAAACCAGGAAUCUGCUUUUGCUUGUAUACACGUCACAGAUUUGAAAAGCUCAUGCGGCCAUUUCAGCUUCCAGAGAUGCUGCGGAUGCCAUUGGUAGAAUUGUGUUUGCAAAUUAAAUUACUUUCUCUGGGUCGAAUAAUGCCAUUCUUACAGAAGGCCCUUGAACCCCCAACAGAAGAGGCCGUUACUUCAGCAAUUUCAUUGUUAUAUGAGGUUGGUGCCAUUGAAGGUGAUGAAGAGUUGACGCCUCUUGGGUAUCAUUUGGCAAAACUCCCUGUUGAUGUAUUAAUUGGAAAGAUGAUGUUAUAUGGUGGAAUAUUCGGUUGCUUAUCACCAAUCUUAUCGAUCUCAGCAUUUUUGAGCUACAAAUCACCAUUUAUAUACCCAAAGGAUGAGAGGCAUGCUGUCGAGAGAGCAAAGUCUGCUCUAUUGAUUGAUAAAGUUGGUGGUGAAAAUGAUCUGGAUAAUGGGAAUCGCCAGUCUGACCAUUUGGUGAUGAUGAUUGCAUAUAAGAAAUGGGAGAAAAUUUUACGGGAGAAUGGAGCUAAAGAUGCAGAAAGGUUCUGCAAAUCAUAUUUUUUGAGCAGCUCUGUUAUGUACAUGAUAAGGGACAUGCGGGUACAAUUUGGGACGUUGCUGGCUGACAUUGGUCUCAUUGACCUCCCAAAAAAUUAUCAGAUUGGGGGUAAAUGGAAAGAAAAACUUGACAGUUGGUUUUCAGAUACUACACAAACAUUCAAUGUUUAUUCAAGUCACUCCUCAGUCGUGAAGGCGUUGCUUUGUGCUGGUUUAUAUCCCAAUGUAGCUGCCACAGAACAAGGCAUCUCUGAGAAAGCUCUAGGUAGCCUUAGACAGUCUGCAGGUCCUACAUCGGACGACUCUCAUGUGUGGUUUGAUGGAAGAAGAGAAGUCCACAUUCACCCUUCUUCUCUCAAUAGCAACUCAAAAGCUUUUCAGUACCCAUUUCUGGUUUUCCUGGAAAAGGUGGAGACAACAAAGGUAUUCCUUCGAGAUACAACCAUCACCUCCCCCUACUCUAUUUUGUUGUUUGGUGGUUCCAUGAACAUUCAACACCAGAGUGGUCUUGUAACGAUAGAUGGUUGGUUGAAAAUGGCUGCACCAGCUCAAACUGCUGUCCUCUUCAAGGAACUUCGGCUAACUCUUCAUUCAAUUUUGAAGGAGCUAAUUAGGAAGCCACAGACGGGAAACAUAGCUGAGAACAGCGUUAUCCAGUCUAUAGUACAUUUACUAUUAGAAGAAGAUAAACCUAAACCUUGAUAUUUUACACGGAGUCCAUGAAGAACGGAGAUUGAAAGAUAUCGAGCCUUGUUAUGCAUUCGUGCUAAUCGGCUUUUUAGGAGAAGGGUUUUGUAUCUUAUGUGUAGUACAACAUAGUUUUUAAUGAGUGAUCCGGUCGGGUUGGUUCAUCAUUAAACAUAGUUUUAGCCUCUUGUGGGCAUACUCAUCAUGAAUGGUUGGUUUUACGAUUCUCGAGAUAUUUACGGUUCCUAAAUAGAUUUUCUUAUUGACCAUAUGUAAUACUCAAAGAUAGGUGUCUGAAUGCAGAAGGUUCAUUUUGGUUUGUAUUUA